AGCUAUUUUACCCCCACCCCACCUCCCUAUUGUUUUUUCCUCUUGGCAAACAUACUUUGAACACAGGCAUUUGCGAUUUUACUGAAACACAAAAGAUUACUAGUUGAUGCCUUUCUCUAGUCUAUGUGUAGAAAUUGUCGGUCUUUUAUUUUCACAUGUUUUUUAUUGAUACGAACUACUUAUACCCUGUCAAAUAUAACUGGUUCACUCAAAUGUCCGGUUUUUGUCUGUAUGAAAGACCUUGGUUAUUUUUGGAUUACAACCAAAGGUCAUUCUUCCAAACUGUGUGACGCUUGGCAAUUUGCCUUAUCAUUAUUCAAACGUUAUUAUCUUACAGGUCCAAACAAGAAAUUGAUUACGCACGUUCAUAAAUAUAUUUCCAGUAUUGGGUUGGUUUUUAUUGUGUUAUUGUGCUCCAUAAGAGAAUAACUAGUGCGAGUGAAACAGUGAAACUUGAAACGUCGUCAUUUUGAAGAUAGUUGUAUCGUUGAUUGCUGUACUUUAGUCGUGUUUACUGCAGAUACCGUUAUUAUUUACGUUGAUAUCAACAAUGUGCUGUAAACGUUGUAAAAUCUUGUUGGUGGUCACCGUAAGCUUUCUAGCGACGUUGCCUCCAGGUUCAGCAACUCGUUGCCGAGGCGGUUUUGACCUGUACUUCGUAUUGGACAAAUCGUCAAGUGUAAGUUACUCGAAUUUCCAAAUUCAAACUGUGAGCUUUGUGAGGAAGAUCGUCUCUAGUUUUGUAAGCUCAAAACUCCGCGUCUCCUUUAUCACGUUUUCAACCGAAGCUGAGGUUGUUAUGCGACUAACAAAGAACAGAACCGUGAUUGAGUCAGGUUUGAAAGAUCUUGGUGAUGUUGUUACAAUUGGCGAUACUUUUAUGGAUCGUGGUUUGACGAAAGCAAAUGAUCAAAUUGAAAAGUUUGGUGAUCGUACAGCUGGAAUAAUAAUUGCACUCACAGAUGGUCAGAUUGGAAAAAGGAAAUCACAGACAUUUAAGGAAGCAGAAAAUUCUCGUAAUUUGGGUGCUACAAUAUACGCUGUUGGCGUUGAUAAAUACGACAAAGAAGAGCUGGAAAACAUUGCCGAUAAACCGUCUAAGGAUCAUGUGUUCAUAGCAGAAAGCUACGAUGCUUUAAAAAAUAUUAUAGAUUCUAUUGUCAAUAAGUCAUGCAUUGAAAUAUUGUCAGCUGAUCCGACAAAAGCUUGUGCCAACGAGCAAUUUCCUGUCGUGUUGACUGGUAAUGGUUUCAUGAAAACUAAUAAAUCUAGCAUUCGCUGCAAUUUUAAAGUAGGCGACAAAGACUUAAUCACGAAAGCCUCUUCAGUCGAAGUUUCACGUUUGAAAUGUGUGUGUCCGCCAAUUUCAAAACCUGGAAGUCAAGUAAAUAUCCAAGUUUCUCUAAACGGUGUCAAGUAUGUUUCAAGUGAUGUUAGGAUUGCAAUUAUAGACUGCCGAGCGCAAGUGCAAACAAAGAACAACUUUAAAUAUUGCUUAGGAGAAUCAGAGGUUAUUACGAUCUCUGGUAAAAACUUUCGUCGAUCAUUUGAUGAAUUGCGUGCAAACGUCGGUUGUCGUUUGCGAUACAAUAAUACUUAUACUGAACCAAUCGAGGUGAUUUUACUUACAUCUACCGUAAUGAAAUGUAAAAUACCAAUUAUUCAAAAAGAAAGAACUUUUAUGUUGGAAGUGAUAACAUUAGAUUACCGCAAAGCUGUAAUCAAAACAUUGAAAUUAACUCCGAAAACUUGUGUACCGGUAAAACACAAGACAAAUGUUGGUCUAAUUCUUGGAAUUUUAUUUUCUCUUUUUCUCUUGGCGUUUAUCUUGUUGUGGUGGUUCUGGUUGCUUCUAUUCCCUAAGUCACAGAAAGAACCUGUUUCUCCCACAUCAAGCACGGGACCACCGAAAAUGAAAUGGCCUUCGGUUGAUACUUCUUAUUAUGGAGGUGGAGGAAUUGGUGGAAUUACACCUGUUAAGGUUAAAUGGGGAGAUAAAGGAGCAACUGAGGCAGGAGCGGUGCUCUCGGCUGCAGAGUUAAAAAAGAAAAAUCAGACAUCCGGAGAAAGUAACGAAGAUCCUAAACCGUCUUGUUGGGAUCAUACUAAGGAAAGAGUUUUAACAUUCUUAGCACUCUUUCCCAAAGCAUAUGCGUGGAUAGCGUCCAAACGACCACAGCGUGCUGGUAGCAAAGGGCCUGGUAAUGAAUACACCCAAGUACGUCAUAGCUCAGAGUAAGAAAGAGGUUUAACAGAGGAUAUUUUAAGAUUUCUAGAAAUGUAUUGCUGUUUACUACAUUAUUUCGAUUUCUUUGUUUAAGGAAAGUGUAAAUAACAUCCUGUUAACAACAGCUACAAAUGCUUUGCUUAGCCUCUUAGGUUAGUCCUUGUUGUAAUAUUCUCUCAUCUGAAAAAGUUUGCAUUUGCUGUAGUGUCAUGCUUUUUUACUUUGUAUUACCUGGUACAACUAUAAUAAAUCUGCGUAUUUUGGUAUUUCUCACUGAACGACAUAGUAGAAUGUGGAUUUAAUCGUAAUGUAAGAUAGGUUUUGAAUAUUGUUGUUAUUGAUGUCAAGUGAUCAACAAUAUCCUUGACUAUCCUUGUCUUCGUCAAAUUAAAAUUCAUUUCUUCACAAAUGCA